GCUUUAAACGAUUAUAAAAGUCAGAGAAGGAGAGAGAUUGUGCCGCAGUAAACACUGGUAAAGCAGUAUUUUCUUCUUCAUUCGCAACAUGUUUAAAACCAUUUGAAACUUAUUCUAUGAGAAAGGUGCAUUGUAACGUAGGUGUUCUAUUAUUUCUUAUAUUUCUAAUCCAUUUUAUCUAAUCUGCAUUUUUUUUUUAAUAAUAUUUAAAAAAAUGUAUGUGAAACAGAAAUGUGUGCAAACUGGAACAACCAUGCCAAAUCGACAGUACAUCGUCUAACGUUCGUUAUUUAAAGUGUCUCGUAAGUAAAACGCGUAACAUAACGUGAAAAUAGCAAAUAAACGUGAAGAAAAUAAAAAGCGAUAGUAAUUAAAAAUUCAUUUCUAUUUUCACAGUGGGAUCCCCUUGUGCAUUUGAUCGAUUGCGCGUGAAAAGACAACAGAAUACAAAUAGAUCGAAUCGUUUCGUUCGCAAAUACAUAAACUUAGAAAAUCGAUUGGAAAAUUGGAAGAUGGAGUUAAAGCGAAUAGAGAAUAGAGGGAAAGCUUCAUUCAGCAGUGACCUUUGCCGAGCAAUCUUUCCAAUAUAUUACCUUGGUAAAAUAUGUGGUUUGGUUCCAGUAAGAUUUUUUACACAUGGUCCCGAAAGAUUUCAGGCUCGUUUAAAUAUCAUAGACCUCGUAUAUAGUUUGUGUGUGCUAAUAUUGCUGCUCAGUGCGGAAAUUUGGGGUUUAUGGCGAGAUAUGAAAGACGGCUGGGAAUAUAGUACCAGAUUAAUAUCUCGAACAGCAGUAAUCGCAACAUUCAGCGAUGUGCUUGGAGUAAUGAGUUUAACUGUGGUUUGUAUCAUUGGCUCCCCUUUUCGCUGGAAAUACCUGCAACUCGUCAUAAACAAAUUAAUCGAGGUAGAUGAAAAGAUCGGCGUAACGUCUGCCAAGAAAGCUCGAAGAUUCACGAUUAGUGUAACAGUAUGCAGUCUCGCUUAUCUCUGGGUUAACUCGAUUCUAGACUUCUAUACAUGGAGCCGUAAAACGAGAGUCAGUAAUAAUACGAUGACCGGCAAAGGUCCAAUCAACUAUGCGCCCCUAUACUUCAUGUAUACUGUGAUCAUUUCAACGGAAAUCCAAUACACUAUCUCAACGUAUAACGUAGGACAAAGAUUUAUUCGCUUGAAUAGUAACCUCAAAGCUCUGUUCGAUGCAAACAACAAUAGUAAUGACAAUGCGAAUGAUUAUUUCCGAAAAUGUACCGAGACAGUUGACGAUAUUGGCGACAAAAGAAGAUGGAACAUUACAUCGAAACGCCAGCUUGUACUGGGCAGCUAUAGACUCUCACGCAGAUUGGACGAAAGCAAAAUGUAUGUAAACAGCAUAUCCGAAUUGAUAUUGGUUCAUUCUUCGCUUUGCGAUGCAGUCUCCCUCAUAAAUAGUACAUUCGGAGUUGUGAUAUUGGCCGUUACUGUAACCUGUCUAUUACAUCUAGUCAUUACGCCUUACUUCUUGAUUUUACAAGCUGGUGAAAUACACGAAUGGAUAUUUCUGGUUGUACAAGGUGGAUGGUGUAUCUUUCACAUAACUAGAAUGCUAAUAAUCGUCCAACCCAGCUAUUUCACAAUCGCGGAGGGAAAAAGAACAGCAGUUCUCGUUAGUCAGUUACUUUCUUGUAGUUUUGAAGCAAACGCUCGACGAGAAUUGGAAAUAUUUUCGCUUCAACUAUUGCAUCGACCUCUCGAGUUUUCAGCAUGCGGACUCUUUUCGUUGGACAGAAAUCUAAUAACGUCGAUUGCGGGUGUUGUAACAACAUAUCUCGUUAUUCUGAUACAAUUCCAAAAUGCUGAUGAUACGAAGAAAAAUUUUGAUAACAUAAUAAACGCAACACAGACGUUAAAAAACGUAUAAUCACGUUAGAAUUUUGUG